AUGCCGACCAAGGAGAAGAAAACCAAGGCCCAAAUUGCCCAGGCUGCGGCUGCCGGUUCUCGUGCCAGAAAGAAGGUCAAGGCCCGGAAGGUCGAGAAGGUCCGCAACGCCGUCUUCUUCGACGAAGCUUCUUACAAGAAGCUCGAAACGGAAGUUCCCCGCAUGAAGGUCAUUACUCCCUACGUCGUGUCCGACCGCUUGAAGAUCACCGUCUCGUUGGCCCGCAAGGGUCUCCGCGAGUUGGAGUCCAAGAACCUUAUCAAGAGAGUCUCGGACUACGAGUCGUCCAUGAUUUACACUCGCGCAUAA